AUGAGUCAGGAAUAUUACACCGGUGAGGGCUCCUCACGAGCUAGCUCGUCCAGGUUCCCAGGAGAAGAGGAGAUUCGCGAAAGAAAUCCGUUUUUUCCCCCGCCGACUUACAUGACUGUGGGCAACGGUUCGACAUCGGAUAGCGCCACAGCUUUGAUGACUUCUUUAAAUCAAGAUUCCGGAUACGGAGGUAGCAUUGCUGGCGAGGAAGACUCGAACGCCGCUUGGCGUGCAGGCUUGAUGGAGGACAGGCCGACCCCGAUACAUACACCAACGCGUCCUGGAGAAUGGAAUCCUGCGGCUGAACAUGAGAAGCAAGUGGUUGCUAGUCAUGUUUCGCAGCUUCUAUACAACUCCAACCGAACCAAGCUUGGUCGCGCGAUUUCCCGGACUAUCGAGACAUUGAGGGAACUCCAGGACAUGAACCGCCAAUGGCCCGCCCACUAUCCUUCCGUUCAGAGCACACCGUCUUCCGCCGGAGACCGACCCCAGCUGCAGCAAACUCACUCGGAGUUCGGAAACGAUGACAGCAGGCCUGACACCCCGCCUCGCCCGGAUUUGAGGCGCGCAGCCACUAUGGGUAGCGAAGAACUAGGAGAAUCCAGUGCCGCGGCCCAGCGUCGCGUUCCUACGGAGCCCCGAUUGAUGACGCCACAAAUUGCGCAGGAGUUUUCUAUCUUGAAACUCGAUCUAAAGCUUGGUGCUCUCUCGCAGGCCGAGCUGGUGCAUUCUUUGGAAAAGGCUUCGAUUGCUUCGCUGCUGGACGGUAAGAUCAGCCAAAGCAUGAAGCAUCUUCUCUCAUUGCGCGAUAGAAUCGAGGAUACCUCUAGUAAAGUUCUGAUUACAGGAGAUUUGAAUGCAGGCAAGUCAACAUUCUGCAAUGCUCUCCUGCGUCGCAAGGUGUUACCAGAGGACCAGCAGCCUUGCACUAGCAUUUUCUGCGAGGUCCUUGAUGCUCGUGAGAACUCCGGCAUUGAGGAGGUCCACGCCGUGCACAAAGAUACACCAUACAACCGCAAUGACGAGAGCAGCUUCGAUGUCUAUCCUCUCAGCGAACUUGAAAACAUUGUCAUUGAAAACACGAAGUACAUGCAGUGCAAGGUUUAUGUGAAGGAUGUACGGACUAUUGAUGAAUCUCUCCUCAACAAUGGUGUUGUCGAUAUUGCUUUGAUUGAUGCACCCGGUUUGAACUCGGAUUCUUUGAAGACCACAGCUGUCUUUGCCCGACAGGAGGAGAUCGACGUUGUUGUCUUUGUUGUUUCCGCUGCUAACCACUUCACUCUUUCUGCCAAGGAGUUUAUUUUAAAUGCUGCGCACGAAAAGGCUUACAUCUUCAUGGUUGUCAACGGAUUCGAUCAAAUUCGCGACAAGCAGCGCUGUGAGCGCAUGAUCUUGGAUCAGAUCGGCAAGCUCAGUCCUCGCACACACAAAGAAGCUGCUGAACUCGUUCACUUCGUUUCGAGUAAUGCUAUUCCUGUUGCGCCGGCUGCUUUUUCAGAGUCUGGCUCCGGAGGUGGUGACGGCGGUGGCUCUGAUCCUCACGAUGACGACGAUGAUAAGAAAGACCCCAAGGGCAAGGGCAAGGAGAGAGAGAAGCUCCAAGACUUCGAGAACCUUGAAGGAGCUCUGCGACGAUUCGUCCUCGAGAAGCGUUCUCGCUCCAAACUUGCGCCUGCUAGGACUUAUCUUCUUAACCUCUUGGCUGACCUCGGCUCCCUCGCUACCGUCAACCGUGAUGUUGCUCAAUCGGAGCUCAAGCGAGUCACCGAUGAAUUGGCAGAGCUUGAACCAGCUUAUGAAAAUGGUAAGAAGAGGAAGGGAGAGCUUGCAGAAGGUGUCAACAAGGCCAUUGAUGAAUCAUGCGAUGAUGUCUACAACCACACUCGUUCCACUUUGACCGACACCAUCACGCGCGUCUCUGACGCAGACCUCGGUGUCCACUACCCAGGUCUCUUUUCGGCAUUCCAAUACGCGGAAGACUUGAAGUUGGCAAUGCUCGAUCAGAUUGCUUCCUCUGUCACUAAUUGUGAGGACUAUGCCCGGGAGAAGACAGUUCAGGGAGUUGGUUUCAUUCAGAAUAUCGGCCUCUUGCACAUUGGCGAAGAUAAGUUUACACCGCUCAACUUCCGCGCGGACGCGAUGUUCCGUCGUGGUCGUCGCCACACUUUCGGCCGACAGGUCGACACCGAAGUUGAAAUUUGGGAUUUCUUUGACAUUGCCGGUCUCUGGGAACGCCAGGAGAAGAUGGCAGGAACCGGUGUUGCAAUGACUGCUGUUACCGUUCUUGGCGGUAGGGCAUUGGGUGGGUUCAGCUGGGUGGACAGUGCCCUGAGCGCUGUCAAGGUCAUUGGCCCGAACAACGUGCGCCGGUUGUUCCUUCCCAGUCUUCUUGCUGCUGCUGUCCUUACCGCCGCUUAUGUGCUCAACUCCAUCCCUACCACUCUGCCGCCACGUUUGUCACGGAAGAUAGCUGCAACUCUCAAUGAGAUGGACUAUGUUCACUCGAAUGCCAACCGAAUCUCAACUGAAGUUCGUCGCAUGCUGCGCAUGCCUGCUGGCAAUCUGCAGACCAGUCUUUCUCAGGACAUCGAGGACCUCGGCAGACGCAAGCAAGAGGUCACCAAGAUCAAACAGGAAAGCGACGUUGCCACUAAGUACUUCUCGAACCUGUUCCGUGAAAGUAAUGACAACCGCCGCUCCGUCGAGAAUUUGGAUCUUGAUGCUCCUCUGCCUGGCGGAAUGGCCGCGGCAAUGGAAUAA